AUGAGUCGAUGCCCCAAAGUUCGGGGCAAGUCAAGACCACUAGGUUCCAGCUCUCGGGACUCCGGGUACCUUUCUGACGACUCGCCCGAAGACUAUGGUUGGAAUAUUGAGAAUGAGACACCACCCAGGAGUGGACGCCUUCUGGACCGCACCAACUAUCACCUUUCUGUAGACGGCUCAGCAGCCGGAGACCGAGGCUCGGAAGAUGACAAGAGCACGCAUUUGUCACCGUCAACCACCUCACGCCCGAAGUUGGGCUCCGUGUCACUCAAUCACCCGAGCUCGCCUUCAGUAACGCCAUCCAAAAGGCCACGGGUUUGUAACAGCUCAUCGCCCCGCAGCGGUGGCUCUCUGCACAGUCCAGACCGUUUCGUUCCUCGUCGAGAUCCUGCCACGCCGUCCUCCGAAAAGAUCCGGGUCACCAAAGAUCUCGAUUCUUUUUCGCCAACAGAGAGGCUGUUGAGGCAUCAAAGUGCCACGUCGGAUCCCUUCCAGAGGCCACAACAACGUGUCGUUGCUUUAGCAUCCAACUUUCGAUCUAUAUCCAACUCGACCUACCCAAUUCCCACGGUUCUGUCUGUCAUGUCACAGAACCAAAACCAGAGGCCGGAUGGCCACGGCACAGUCUGGACCGUUGGCGGUCCGGCCCCUCCUCCUGGAACCGCCGUAGAUGAUGGCCGUGGUCACUAUCUCGAGAGUGGCACGAACGCGCGGCUGUUCACUACCAAUUUUGCAACUUCUCGCAUCAAACGAAGAGAGGACUUUGAGCGCAAUCAAGGGAUCGUCGCCGAUGCUUUGCAAAUCAACCAGGUUGAGAGACUGCUCGAUUUCGAGCAUCCGGUCCCCUCGCUAAGUCGAACAUUGACACAAAAGAGCCAGCAAGCACAGCUAGAAUCAAGAACGCACUGGACCGGAACGAGAUGGAACCCAAACGGUUCUGGUGGCCUUGUGCCCACGGAAGACCUUCUCGUCAGUAACGAACAAGGCCAGAUCUGUUACUACGUUGUUGAGUGGCCACAUACAUGGGAAGUAGGCCGAGACUCUUGGAGCGGCACGGCAACACUGGUGGCGACUAUUGCAGUUCAUACUCAGCAGAUAUGCGGUCUUGUUUGGGCACCGAGUGGCCAUGAAUUUGUCUCCGGGUCCAAUGAUAAUAUGGCAUGCUACUUCGAGAUUGAGGAGAUGCUGAGAACACGCAAGCGCAUCAGCAGCACAUCAUCCAACGAGACCGUCCGCCGAGGUCGAAGAUCAGAAGUCCACUCGAGGUCAUCAGAAAUCGCCGGCAACAGCUCCGCAAGCCGGUUUUCUUGGUUACCGAAGAGCUUGGAGUCGUUUCUUUACGGCACAUCUGCGAGCGAAGCCAUGGCAGAACCAGACGUCCGAGGCAACGGCGGCCACCUUAGGCAUGGCGCUGCAGUCAAGGCAAUCGCCUUUUGUCCUUGGCAAGAGACUCUCAUCGCUACGGGGGGCGGAUCGAGCGACAAAUGCAUUCACUUUUGGCACACGGGAACAGGCACCCCUUUGGCCACCAUUGCCGUGUCGGCGCAGGUGACAUCGUUGAUCUGGUCCACGACACGGCCCGAGAUUGUGGCUACGUUUGGGUACGCAACGCCGGAUCACCCUUAUCGAAUCGCAGUGUUCAACUGGCCAUCGUGCGAACAAAUUGGCGCUGUUGCGUUGGACAAUGGCGCUCGUGUUCUACAUGCUAUUCCGUACCCUGGAGCACCAGCUGAUGCAAAAAAGGGAAGUCGGAGUGUGAAGGAAGGGAGCAUCGUCAUGGCUACAAGUGAUGAGAACGUCAAGUUCCACGAUGUUUGGAAAGACGGAAAGAACGCCCCGAUGGGUGGUGUUGGGGUGUUGAGUGGCAGCGAUAUACUCGAAGGACUGGACGGUAUUUUCAAGGAGGGAGGCGUCAUUCGUUAG